GAUAUCUUCCCCUCCCCAGAGGUGCUGUGCAAGUGCCAGCCCUUACAGCAGCCCAGGAGACUCCAACGUGAAUUCCCAGGCCUGCCAGACAGCGGAAAAGAGGGAAAAUUUAAUGGUGAGGAUCUCCUAACUCCCUUUUUGCUUCUCUUUCCACUCAGUUGCCCCCGCUCCAAGAGCUCAGUGACCUUUGACUGAAGGACAGCAACCCUGUUCCCUUGCCUCACAGUCAGCCCCCCUCCUCCCUCGAUACCAUACACAUUCCCUUCUCGACCUGGGUCGUUUGGGCAGGCUACAAGUGAGGCUGUGGCACCACCAUCUUGGUUUUCCUUCCCCCUGUGAACAACGCUCCCGGAUCCCCCUCAGCCUCCCAGUGUAGCUGAGGGACAAAGAGGGAAACCAAAGGCAAGCAAGACGGGGAGAUGAACGGCAAGGUUCUCUCCGCUUCUUCACCCUGCCUUCUCUAUCUCCCCGAGGGUCUCUGCUUCUCCCCACUCUGUGCCUCUGUUCUUAAAGGGCUGCAGAGCCGGCCUCCCCUCACACAAGGAGCCAAGUACCCCUCAGCUGCCCCCAGCUUCCAGCCAGCCCAACACUCGCCCGCACACCACCUCCGCAAGUCCUUUCCGCCCUGCGUGCGUAUCUUUUUCUGCCAGGGGACAACUGAGAAGACUCAGUACCCACACGGACUCCCAAGUCAGCCAGAGGAAGCUCCUGGCCCACCCUGUCUUUGUACAAAAAUAUUACAAGUUUUUCUCCUGGUGUGCCUGAGCAUUCCAGUUCUCCUAAUUUGCCAGUAGCAUGAUCUCAUUUUUUUAAAAAGAGGGCAUGUUUUCUGUCCUUGCUGCUCAUUGGCCUCUGGGGCUGUGUGACCUGUCGCUGGAGCCCCGUGGAGGACAUCUGCACAGCCAAGCCUCGGGACAUUCCUGUGAAUCCCAUGUGCAUUUACCGGUCUGCAGAGAAGAAGGCAGUCGAGGAUGAGGGCGCAGAGCAGAAGAUCCCCGAGGCCACCAACCGGCGAGUCUGGGAACUGUCCAGAGCCAAUUCGCGCUUCGCCACUGCCUUCUAUCAACACCUGGCGGACUCCAAGAAUGACAACGACAAUAUUUUCCUAUCGCCCCUGAGUAUCUCCACAGCUUUUGCUAUGACCAAGCUGGGGGCCUGUGACAACACCCUCAAGCAGCUGAUGGAGGUUUUUAAGUUUGAUACCAUCUCUGAGAAGACGUCUGAUCAGGUGCACUUUUUCUUUGCCAAACUGAACUGCCGACUCUAUCGAAAAGCCAACAAGUCCUCUGAGUUGGUAUCGGCCAACCGCCUUUUUGGAGACAAAUCCCUUACCUUCAAUGAGACCUAUCAGGACAUCAGUGAGGUGGUGUACGGAGCCAAGCUCCAGCCCGUGGACUUCAAGGAAAAUGCAGAGCAGUCCAGAAUGAUCAUCAACAAAUGGGUAUCCAAUAAGACCGAAGGGCGUAUCACCAAUGUCGUGCCCCAGGAUGCCAUCAACGAGCUCACGGUCCUGGUGCUGGUCAACACCAUUUACUUCAAGGGCCUGUGGAAGUCAAAGUUCAGUCUCGAGAACACAAGGAAGGAACUGUUCUACAAGGCUGAUGGGGAAUCGUGUUCGGCAUCCAUGAUGUACCAGGAAGGCAAGUUCCGCUAUCGGCGAGUGGCCGAAGGCACCCAGGUGCUCGAGCUGCCCUUCAAGGGCGAUGACAUCACCAUGGUGCUCAUCCUGCCCAAGCCCGAGAAGAGCCUGGCCAAGGUGGAGCAGGAGCUCACCCCGGAGAUGCUGCAGGAGUGGCUGGAUGAGAUGGCAGAGACCCUGCUGGUGGUCCACAUGCCCCGCUUCCGCAUUGAGGACAGCUUCAGUGUGAAGGAGCACCUGCAAGACAUGGGCCUCGUGGACCUGUUCAACCCUGAGAAGUCCAGGCUCCCAGGUAUUAUUGCAGAGGGCCGGAGCGACCUCUAUGUCUCACAGGCAUUCCAUAAGGCCUUUCUUGAGGUCAACGAGGAGGGCAGCGAAGCUGCAGCAAGUACUGUCGUCAGCAUCGCCGGCCGUUCGCUGAACCCCAGCAGGGUGACCUUCAAGGCCAAUAGGCCCUUCCUCGUUCUCAUAAGGGAGGUUGCUCUGAACACUAUCAUCUUCAUGGGCAGAGUGGCCAACCCUUGUGAUCACUGAAGUGUUAUUUUUUGCACCUCUUCCUCUUUUGGUUUGUGACAGAAGUAAAAAUAAACACAACUACUCCCAGUUAUGAA